ACGCAGACAGCCUGUCCUUAUUAGUAGUCUAAUGUAUAUUUUAUACAAUCAGGCGCUGGCAGGAAGUCCGUCGCUCUUAAGAGUUCUGUGGGUUUGACAGAUUUUGCACAAAGUUCCGGUUUUCAGUCGGCUGUUAGUUCUUGUAACUUUAAUAUUGCACGUACGUACCUUAAGUAGCCUGAGUAUGUUUGGUUGUAUGUGGCAUUGUGUAUUAUUUUACUUAUUUAUUUGAUGUCAUCUUUACCACUAAAGAUAAGGCCACAAUAUGAAUGAUAAGAUGACUCAAAGGAUUUAAACAUAGAGCCGAUAUACUGUAUGUUCUUCAGCACAAGAAAAUCCCCCCUGCUCUACACAGCCAGCCUAUCUGCUAUAGCUGAGAUGAAAAAGAGUUUUACCACCUGCGUAGCUCGGUGUAGCCCUAAACUGGAUUACCAACCGUGCAAAGCGCGUCCUCAGACCCUCAGGAGCCCCACAGACCCCAGGUUCACCUUGUGGCAAUUGAUAUAAAUUGAAAUAGAAUGGGCUUUUAGGCAUCCCCUGCAUUUUUACCUCAAAGCUAGCUUUAAAUGCUCUGAAUAUAUUUCAAUUCAAUUUUAUUUAUAUAGCACCAAUUCAUAACAGAAGUUAUGUCAUUGCACUUUUCCUAUAGAGCAGGUCUAGACCGUACUCUUUAUAAUAUUACGGGUCUUUUGAAUUGUUGCAUGUUUCAGCGACAGAUGUCAGUCUACAUGGCAGCAGUAGCCAUUGUCUAUUUUUAUUGUGUCUUUACAAUUUUUUAACAGAAGAGGGAGCCAGACACAAAGAAACAGAAAACAUCAGUCAGAUUCUUCUGGACAUUUGGAAAGCUUCACCUGCAGAGUGACACUUCCUGACAGGAAACACAGGAACUAAACGUGCCAUGAAAACACACUUACAGCACACACUGUGGCUAAAAUGAAUAAGAGGCAUCAUGCCAUGAGCAGGGUUAGAACUCUGGUUUGUUUCUGCCCUUGGGUUACACCAGAGCAACUGUUAAGUGAACAAGCCUCCAUUUGCUGCUCUUAGAGCCCUACCAGCAGAGCAGUGGGCAGCUGCAUUACUUAUUUUAUCGGGCACUUGGCGUCAAAACGCAACACUAAUAUAAUAUCCCCUUAUAAGAUAUAUAUAUAGUGAACGUGUUAGCAAACGGUUUCCUAUUUACACCUCCAGCAAACACAGAGCAACAUUAUCAUUCAUUUGUAGUUGUGUUUGUGUCACCUGUCAAAUGUCAGUCCAAUAUUCACCCAACUUUUAGCUCUGGUUUUAGUCUCCAGCAGCUCCUGAGGGAAACAUCUGGCUCUUUAGCUGCUCAAUGCUCCACUAUGUUCAGCAGCCGGUCUCUGCCUCUGUCGGUCUGCUGUUUGGUGCACAGUGGGUUUAUCAGAGCCUGUUCUCAGAAGACAGCUGCCUGCUGCAGCUGGAAAACAGGUUGAUGACAACUGUGUGACACCGAACCAAAACAGUUAAGUUGUGGGCUGAAAUACCAAAACCACGAGCUGAAAAGAAAUUAAGAUUUCCGACACUUGUGAAUCAUUGUGAUUUUGCAUCAUCACUGACAGGUGUAGUGUCCCAUGAAUUUUAAUUUUGUAAUUUUUUGUCAUACCUCUGAUAAAAUUGCAGAAAUACUUACAGUCGUCUUUGCAUUUUCUAAGCCCUGGAAGUGGUAGGAGUUAUUGUAAUAGUGGCAAUAGAAGCAGUUACGGUUCUGAUGAUAGGAAUAACUGGAUGAAGUGAUAAAAAAAUACUAGAAAUAACUUUAAAAGCCCUGAAAAUAUAUUUUCUCAAUCAGCCUCUUUCUCUGAGUGAUGUGGUCCUACAUGAACACACAAUUUCUGCUAAAGUUAGAACAAUUUUGGUUAUUUCCCUCCACAGAUUUCUGUAUUUCUUUUUUCUGUACAAUUCUCACUGAUUUGAAGUGGGCAGGGCUCAGUUAGAAAAAGGUGAUGUCACAUGCUUUCAUGCACCAAUCAGAGUUUUACAACAUUUGACUCAGUGUCUGAUGCCAGGUGAUGGUUGUUUGGUUACUGUCAGUUAGCAGAAGGCCUCGCUGGGUAGAAGACUAGUGGUAGUAGUAAAAGCAGCACAAGGGGUAGUAAUAAAGUAAAAAGUAAUAAAAAACUAUAGGAAUAGUAGUAAUUGUAGUGAUAGUAAAGUAAAAAGCAGUAUCAAAGGUAGGCGAGUACACUAUAAAGUAGAAUACAAUAAUAACAAUAAUAGUCUCCUGCAUAAGGACCUAAAAAGGCUGGGGCCAGCACUGCUCUAGUGGGCCCUGCGGCAGAAAUGAGCUGUGGGCCCCUACUGACCCCAUCGCUUCUCCCAGUUUCUAUACAUUAAGUGUAUUAUUUAAUAAUUAGUAGUUUGUCAUGGAAACUUGAUUGAGCACAAAUGUGUUUGGUAAAAUGUACCAUAUAAGCACAAUAUAUAACCUACUAAAAUAAUAAAAGCCUUAAAACUAGAUUUUAACUCGGGGCUUCUCUAAAACACAGGAGCAGGGGCAGGUGCCGCCUUAAGGUCCUUAUCAUUUCAGUUUCAAAUGUGCUUUGGUGGUUCAUGCAGUAGACUAUUAAAUAAAAUGUAAAAUAAAUGACCACAACGUUGCCACAUGGUAAACUUGGAACCUUCAGACCCCUGAGGGUCUGGGGCCAAGGGACAGUUUAAUACUUUGCCCAGCUGGUGAUCCAGCCUGGCCCUGUUAGGUACAUUCUUGCUGUAGUGCUGUUACUUGCCAUUGAGUAGGCCUAUAGAAUGUACAGCAUGUGGGGGCAAGCGGGAGCAUGGUGACAGUAUCCGGGCAGCAGCCGCGACAGAUGGAGCCUCCUGGUAGUUUGUGAAGCGAGCGGCUCUCCUCCAGCCAGACUGCUGCUGAUUGGCCCCGGACGUGCUGAGGCCUGCGGUCAGCGGGCUGAGCUCGGAUACAGCAGGGACAUUAACGCUGUCCAAAUGAAGGGGGCUCAGUCAUUUGAGUCCUGGUGUAGUGUGGCAUUGUCUCUGUAAAUAGGCACGAUUCUCUCUAGCUGUACGGCUUUUGCUGCCCCCUUCUUUGCCCAUCGUUUAUUUGAGUGGGCUGCAGUAAGAGUAGUGUAAAAUGUAGCUUACUAUGCGCUUGACUACAGCCAGUUGCAGUGCUGAUGUGUUAGUGGUGUUGGUGUCGCCCUGCUCAGACGGAUGGAUGCUGAAAUCCGCGUGCUCUCUGUCUCCGCCGAGCUGCUGCAGCGCCAAACACGCAGGGAAGACGUCGUCACUUCGUAACCGACAACACCGGAAUACAGAGAUUUAACAUUUUAUUUUGCCACUGAGCUGUGUUGCCGGAAAGGUUUGCCUUCUAUUUGCACCGAGUUCGAUAAUGGUCCCGACGCUGCGGUCCUGUCGGUGAUGUGAGCUGAACUUGCGGGGAAGCCGCAGAGGAGCUGUCCGUCUGUCGAGGUGCUGAUGCGGCUGUGACAGAAGCGAGCAUGGCUGCCGGGAAGUUACUGCUCUACGCCGGGCUCUCUCUUUCUCUCUGCGCCCUGGGCAUGCUGGCCGUGGCGAUGUGCUCCGACCACUGGUACGAGACUGACGCCAGGAGGUACAGGGAGCGGUGCCGAAGCUUUUCCAGCCGCCGCAAGGAUCCGGGCUUCAUCUACAUCCCCAACAACAGCCUGCCGCUGCGGGCCAGCCGGAGCACCCUGUCCCGCUGGGAGGAGAAGCUGCUGCCGGCCCGGAACCGGCGGCAGCUGUUCGCCAUGAGCGCCGCGGAUGAGUGCAGCAGGCAGUAUAACUCAACCAACAUGGGGCUGUGGAGGAAAUGCCAUCGGCUGGGCUUCGACCAAGAAAUCGAAGAUCUCAUCCGGAAAGGUUCCAUUGCAAGGUGCUCCUACAUCAAGUAUCACUACUCCUCGGCUACGAUACCCAAAAACCUCUCCUACAACAUCACCAAGACAAUAAGGCAGGAUGAGUGGCACUCCCUCCACUUGCGGCGAAUGACGGCAGGUUUCAUGGGCAUGGCAGUGGCCAUCAUCCUGUUCGGUUGGAUGAUUGGUGUGCUCGGCUGCUGUUGGGACAGAGGUCUCAUGCAGUACGUGGCCGGCCUCCUCUUCCUCAUGGGAGGAACCUUCUGCAUCAUCUCUCUCUGUACCUGUGUUGCCGGCAUCAACUUUGAGCUUUCCCGUUACCCGCGGUACAUGUACGGCCUGCCUGAUGACAUCGGCCACGGCUAUGGCUGGUCUAUGUUCUGCGCCUGGGGAGGCCUGGGCCUCACCCUCAUCGCCGGCUUCUUCUGCACCCUAGCUCCCUCCGUUCAGCCAAUACCCCGAUCCACCUGCCCCAAGUCCCGACAAGAGAACGGGACCGUCUGCUAAAGCUGGCGGCCGUGAGAAGACCAACUGAACCCACAGAUUGAACAAACAAACAGAAAAACUGAUCCAUGUAUUCGUCUCCAAUCAUCUCCAGUCUUUCCUGAUUACAGUUUUUUUUAUUUGUUUGUGUGUUUAAAAAUGGGUGUCUUGGUGGUCUGCUAUCUUGAAAAUAACAGAAAAAAACUGAAGAAAUAUUAUCAAAAAUUUGAAGUUGUGCUUGUUUUGUUGUUGUGGAGCAGACCUGAAAUGGACCCUGAUGAAGAAAAGUUGCCAAGGAAAUACAUGGAGACAAUGAAAGACUACAUUUUGGAUAGUGAGUGGUUGUAGCAAAAGAGGGGGAACUCAACCUGGGAACUGCUUCUAUUAACUGAUCUACUGUGAUUGUGGAGAACUCAAUGAAUCAGCAAUAUUGGAGGGAAACGGUCAGAUUGUUAAGUUCAAGUAAAGAUCUUGUGGAAGUUUCUCAUGGACUUGGCCUUUUGAAACCUCCGGUGGGAUAAUUCACAAGGGAAUGGACCAGACAUGAAACCAGGUGAUUUGCUGGGCGGGGAUCAUAUUUAGUGGCCAUCUGUUAACUUUCAGCGUUACAGCUUCUGAGGUCCCUCCAGUUACUUGGGACAUGCGGGCAGCGAGGAGCCCUCCCCUGUUGUACAUUAUUAUACAGAAUAUUCCAGAGAAGAGACAACCAGGAACUGUCAUGUUGGACCAUUUUCAUUCUCGUUUAGGUGCAUUCGAUUCCGUCUGAUGAUCCAAUAUUGCCAUUUAGCAUUUUAUACAUGAUGCAUUCCUCUUUUAUUCAAAGUGUGAUUUUCUUUUAAUGAACUCUUCAUGUUGGGAACGAACUGUCGACUGAGCGUACUUUCAGAGCAAAUGUCGUGUUUGUUUGAUUUUUUUCCAUUCUAGUCAUAGAGGUAAAUGUGUGUAUCAGUGUGUGUAUGUGUGGAGAGGCGUUGUUUUGCAGUCUUUAUAGAAAAAAAGUUGUAAAAAAUUAUCAUAAAUACCACAAAGUGGAGCCCUGCUUUGGGGAUGCAUAAAGGCAGGAGCUUUGAUGAACAGAAAGACAUAAUGGAGAGAUGUAGUAUCCUGUUUAACCCAACUGACUUCUGCCUUAUCAUCUUUUCUGGAGAUUCCCAGCAGACAUAGCAGCUAUAGAUGAGUCGUUUUGAAGGGGGGGGCGGCAUGUUCAACUCUGUACUCUACUGCCCUGAGCAACUAUGGAAGGCUUAAGUAAUUGCAUGUGAUGACAACACACGCCAGAUUUUCUUCCUGGGAAUCUGUGAUGCUCUGCCAUUUCUCCAAGCUCACAGCUUUUCCUCCAGCUCUUAUUUUUCUUUCACUAAUAGUCAAGACCUGGCAGGGCCGCCUCUCUCACAAGGUUAAAAAGGUGUCACCUUACUCAAGUCGAAAGAGGUCUAGACUGAAGAAAAAAAGCUAAGUGUUCUGUCAUCUGAGAGAAUCCUCAAGGCCUAGGCCAAUCAUGAGUCAGAAAUCAAAAUACACACUAGCAUGAGCUUGAAUAUUUUUAUGCGCAUACGAGUCAAAUUAUUUCCUGCCAAGAAUCAGUCCAGUAAACGAUGCCAGUAUGCUUCAUCAGAAAUUCUUGUCAGAUGGUCAAACAGCUUCAGAAACCCACUACCCCACCCACCCUUCCAGUGUAGGAAUUGGGGGGGGGGGGGGUCAGACGGCGGUUUCUGUAACUUUCCAAAACCAAAUAUCUUACAUUCACACCCACUUCACGCAGUGAUUGGCCAGCUGUGUGGAGGUGAGAAAGUAAGCACUGUUAACUGUUGGCUUGUUUGCAACCUGUCUGAUCAUCUGACUCUUUCUUGACUUGUUGGACUUUAUUGUAUGAAUGUCACUGUGUUCCCAGAUCUCAGAAAUUAACUUAGUGAGUAGAGUUUAAUCAUGAAACGAUGGCUAAAACUACAAAAAUAAUCACCCAAGUUGUAAUAAACCAGAAUUAACCUUUAAGAACAGAAACUCCCCGAUCUAUUAUCUGCUCUCAUGCAACACAUUCUCGUGCCCUUGAUGGGUUGCAGUUACAUCCCUUCCAUACAUAUCAAUCAACAUCUCACUUUGUAAUGGUGGUUCGCUGUAGAAUUGGCUGUAUGCAAAAACUACACAAAUAUCAGGCAGGAUAAAGGUAGAAAUAUUGUGAGUGGAAAUUAAUUCAGUAAUGUUAUAGAUUAAAAAAAAAUAAAGUAGUUUUGUCUCAAAAUUGAAUUUACAUUUACAGUCUUUGUGGGGUCUAAAGAAAAUUCUACUGGGAGAGAGGGAAGGAGAUUAGAGCAGUGUUUCAGGCGAAAGCUGCUAUGUGGGUUGACAUCUUUGUCACAGCUUCUUCAGUGAUAGCACCUUCAAAGGGUUCAAUGAAAAUCACUCACCUUUCUGUGCCCAGCUAAACCCUUACAACUAGAGAGCAGGGUAAUGAGAUAUGACAGAAUAAGUUUUUUUAAUAAUAAUGUAAUUAUAAUGUUAUCUGGAGGCAUCAAAUAUCAGAUCUUCAAUUUCUCAUUAUCUUGGGAUAAUAAUGACCAAGUAUAUAUAUAUAUAUAUAUAUAUAUAUAUAUAUAUAUAUAUGCUAAACCAACAUGAAGUGUCUUAGUGUGGAGUCAGGACACCACAAGCCUCCAGAACAGCUUCAGUGCUCCUUACCAAGUCUGCGGAACUGAAUUGGAGGGAUGAACACAUACUCUGUUGCACAGCAGCAUCUGCAUUUGAUAUUAUUGUUUCUCCACUCUUUGAUUCAGGUUUUUCCUUUAAUUUGUCCCCUGUGACAGGAGAUGAAUGGCUUGGUGAGUAUGGAAAUUAUGUGAAUAAAAUGCUAUGGCCUUUACAGUCA